AUGAUCGUAAAGGCCAUAAACUGCGAAGACUUGUACAUAGAUGAUCAAUUCAACAGCAUAGAUGAACUCAAGCAUCUCAUCAAGCACAAGUACGGCAUUGCCGUAGAAUCCCAAUGCAUAGUGCCAAAUGGAAGAUUAUACAUCCUUGGUAUAUUCGAUAACAUUCACGUUGCAUUGCAAGAAGAAGCUCAACAAAAUCCAUUUGCACAGUUUGGAUGUCCUGAUUCAGUAUUCAACACAUUGAGAGAUAAAGGCAUGAACAACGAAGUUAUAGAAAAAUACAUAUUACCUCAUAAACAAGACACCAAUCCAACAAACAGCAUAUCAGUACCCCAAGUCAACAUUCAGAAAGCCCUCCAGACUGCACUCAAACUAAAUUCAUCUCAAUAUUUCUCCAUAAAAGAUAUAACAAAAUCAAUCGAUGACGAGGUAAAAAAGCUAAUCAUAGAAAAUACCAAGCAGUACAUCCAAUUGAUAAUCAACUCUUCAGAAACAGACACUCAUAAAAAUGCAUAA